GCCUUUCAUUAAGAAAUUCAAGGAAAAGUAUCGGAAGCACUGGCACGUGAUGUUCCGCAUGAACGCUGUUUAUUUACACAACAAACAAACCUUUUCCGCUGAAUUUGCAUUAAAUUAAUAUUUUAUUUGUCCCGACUUCAGGAGUGAGAGGUUUAUUUGAAGCAGUUGUGGAGAAAGGUGGCGAUGCCAGAAAUUACGAUACAAACCAACGUUUCAAGCGACAAAAUCGCUUCGGAUUUACAAGAGAUAGUGGUUGAACUUGUAUCGCAGCAUCUCAACAAACCGAAAGCAAAUAUCUGCGUUACUGUGUUAACAGAUCUAUGGAUGUCAUUUGGUGAAAGUGAGGAGCCGUGUGCUUGCUGUACAGUCACUUCUAUUGUAGACUUCAACGCAGAAACCUGCGAAAAGCUUGCAGCGCUUUUGAUGCCUCCUCUUCAAAAAGCGUUAGGAGUUUCUGGAACCCGUUUUUACCUACAGUUUCACGAAAUAACUGCAGGAAUAAUGGGCUUCCAGGGUACAACUGUUAAAGUAGUUCGUGAAAGAAAGCAGAGUUCUUAGUGUUUAAAUUUAGCCAUCGAGUUACAUUGGUAAUUGUUAUAAACACACUAAUUGUGUCGUAACUUAAUUAGUUUCCGUUGUGUAUUUUAGUGGUGUCUUUUUUUUAUUUUCUGUAACUUUUGUUCUUACUAAAGGUGCAAUUAUAAUUUUUUGACUUUUAAUGUAUUGUGGUACUGCAAUUUAGAAAUUGGCAAUUCUUAGCAAAAUUCUUAUUUUAAAUCUAUGUCUGUGCAAUUCACCUAG